AUGUUGAAGUCCGGCCAAAGCUUUAAAAGGGGUGAUAUCAUUGUGACGGAGGACGCACUAGCCCAUGGCCUCGAUGAAUCCGCAGCGGCGAAUCACUGUGCCUACUGUGUAACCCCGGCAGACAACCUGUUGCGCUGCGCCCAGUGCAAACGUGUCUACUACUGCAAUCGACAGUGUCAGAAGGCCGGCUGGGCCUUCGGUCAUCGUGGUGAAUGUAAGUCAAUCACAGAGACUGGAAUAUUGCCGUCUCACACACUGCGUCUUCUGCUUGCCCUCAUCACCACGGAGAAGUACAAGGAUGCCUCCAUCUUUGACUCCUUCAUGUCGCGUAAGUAUCACGUAGCCAAGUCUACCUAG